AUGUGGGUCAAAUGCAAAGGCAAGUAUUCUAUGUAUUCUCUUCCAGAGCCAAUGAAAUUAUUAUCCAAAUACAGUUACUAUAUCUGGAAUAUUGAACAUCAAACAGUUGAUGAAUACGUCGAAAGAGCAAAUAAGGCCAUUUCUUUCAACGUUUAUCCUUAUCAAGUAAUCUUUGCUCAAUUAAAUAGAUUGAUCGAUGUUAGACCACGCUAUACUAAAAAGAUUUGCGAAAUUGCAAAAAAGAUAAUUCUUCUGCAUGAUGGCGUUGUUUAUAACAAUUUACACCCUGUCAUCGGCUAUGUCAUCAAAGAUGACGUUAAGCUGCCAGACAAGCUUUUGAAGUAUAUUGAAAAACAUAAAGAAGAAAUCGAAACCGAAAUCGAAUCAGGCUUUAAGAAGGGCACACUCGAUCAUGCUAUACUUUGGGAUGAUAUUGACGAGUUCAAAACUCUUUACUUCCAACAAGCCAAAAAUCCAGAUGAAAUUGAACCGGAAGAACCAAUAAUUGAGAGAGACGAAAACGGCAAAAUUAUCAGAGCAGGUAAUAACAAGUCCGGAUUCAUAUUUUAUCCAAGCGAAGAGCUGGCAAUUUCAAUGGUUGAAGAUAUCAAGCAACACAACGCCGAAAUACUGGCCAAAAGAAAGGCCAAACAAGAAGGAGGGGAAAAUGCUCCUCCACCAGCUCCUAAGGAGCCAUCUCCAGAAGAUUUAGAUCCCGAACUUUAUAUCAGCCCAGAAGAUGAGAAGAAAUACAUCAAAAGAGAUCCAGAGGGAAAGAUAUUCCGUCUUGGAACAAAAGAAACCGGCUACAGGUUUUAUCCAACGAGAAAAGAAGCAGUUGAAUUUAUUAGACGCGAUAAAGAAGCUUUAAAGCUUUUCGGAAUGCUCCCAAACCAUCAAGAUGAUGAUGACGAUGAUGACGACGAUGAUGACGACGAUGAUGAUUACGAGGAAGAAGAAGAUUUUGAUGAAGAUGACAAUAAUCCAUUAGAUCUUUCUCAAAUUGACAUCGAAGCAGGCGCAAACAUGUUCAGCAUUGAUCCAGAACAGUUCCGCAACAUAAUCCAAAUGAUUGCUCAAGAACAUCAGCAACAAAACGGACAAAGAAGAAGACGUCAUCAUAGAAGGCAAGAAUACGAUGACGAUGAAGAAGAAUACGAUGAAGAUUCUUGGAUGAUCCGUAAAGUUGAUGAACAAACAGAUUCUGACGAAGAUAUCGAAUAUGAUCCAUAUGAUUUCGAAGAAGAUGAUGAAGUAGACAACGAAAUGGACAAUUACGACCUUAUGGAUAAGGCCGCUAGGUACGGAGCCACUAAAAUCUUCUUCUUUUUAAGAGAAUAUUGUUUCCCACACGAAGGAAUCUUGCAAAGUGCCUGCUGCAGCAACAAAAUAAAGAUUGUUAGCCAUAUACUCGAUUGCGAGGCAGGAGAUUUGCAUUCUUAUUGGGGAGACGAUAUUGCAUAUUACGGCUAUCGCGGAAUGAUGUCGGAACUCGAACAAAUGAUUGCAUUCACACCAUACGAUUUAAUUACGAACCUUUUGGUCGAUGUUUACUUCGAAUAUUAUACAAUGACAGGACGCAUCGACAAUCCAACCUUCGGAGUUGGCUUUACAGCACUCAUGGGAGCCGCUGAAGUAGGAAUGGUCAGUUUAAUGGACUUCCUUGUUUCAGAGGGAAUGGAUAUGAACCAAAGAGACGAAAUCAGCGGCGGAACGGCCCUCCACUUCGCUGUAAAGGGCAACCAGCCAUCAGCAGUUAAAUGGUUGGUCGACCACGGUGCAAAGAUUUUGAAGAAUUCUGCAGGUUUGACACCAUUGGCACUUGCGGUGCAAGCUGAUUUCAAAGAAAUAGUCAAUAUUUUAUCUGCGAAUCUUGAAGGAACAAUAAAGAUAUAA